GAAAUCUCGAUCGAUGGCGUCGUCUAAUCACGAGUUUUUCCUCUUCCUCUUCGUGCUCCUCUCAGUCCUUGUUAGGUCUAUUGCUGUUGCAGAUGUGGGAUAACAUGAUAUCUUGCUGUUGUUCGAGAGAUUAACCGAGAGGUUUCGGCUUUGGCGAGAUUGGUGAUGGUCUCGGAGGCGGAAUAGAUAGAUUUGAUGUCGUCCAAGUCGAAUAAAGCGAGCGGCUCCCGGAGCAGCUCUGUGCGCUCGAAGCACAGUGCCCGCGUGGUUGCUCAGACAACCUUGGACGCCAAGCUCCAUGCCGACUUCGAGGAGUCCGGGCAGCCAUUCGACUACUCUACUUCCACUAGCGCCGCCAACCGGUCGAGCGCCGGAGACAAUAGCGGCCUACCCUCCUCCUCAGUCUCCGCCUACCUCCAGACGAUGCAGCGUGGCAAGUUCAUCCAGCCUUUUGGCUGCCUUCUCGCCAUCGAGGACCAGGGCUUCACGUUGAUCGCUUACAGCGAGAACACGCCGGAGAUGCUCGACUUAGCGCCUCACGCUGUCCCCAGCAUGGAGCAGCGAGAAACCUUGACAAUUGGUACGGAUGUCCGAAGUCUUUUUCGAUCUCCAAGCGCGGUGGCACUGCAAAAAGCUGCUAGUUUCGGAGAAGUUAAUCUCCUUAACCCAAUACUUGUGCAUUGCAGAAGCUCGGGUAAGCCCUUCUAUGCAAUCAUGCACCGAAUUGAUGUGGGAUUGGUCAUAGAUCUAGAGCCUGUUAACCCUAAUGAUGUGCCGGUUACUGCGGCUGGAGCUCUCAAGUCUUACAAAUUAGCUGCCAAAGCCAUCUCAAGGUUGCAGUCUUUGCCUAGCGGAAAUAUCUCUCUCCUGUGUGAUGUUUUGGUUAGGGAAGUGAGUGACCUUACAGGCUACGACAGAGUUAUGGCGUACAAGUUUCAUGAAGAUGAGCAUGGCGAAGUGAUUGCUGAGUGUAGGAGAUCAGAUUUGGAGCCAUAUCUUGGCUUGCAUUACCCUGCUACAGAUAUCCCGCAGGCUUCGCGGUUUCUCUUCAUGAAGAACAAAGUUAGAAUGAUCUGUGACUGCUCUGCUUCAGGGGUUAAAGUCAUCCAGGAUAAAAAACUAAUUCAGCCUCUGAGCCUUUGCGGAUCCACCUUAAGAGCCCCUCAUGGUUGCCAUGCUCAAUACAUGGCAAACAUGGGUUCAAUCGCUUCUCUCGUUAUGUCGGUGACCAUCAGUGAGGAUGAAGAUGAAGCUGGUGGUGUUCAGAAGGGGAGGAAGCUCUGGGGGUUGGUUGUUUGCCAUCACACCAGUCCAAGGUUUGUGCCUUUCCCGCUUAGAUAUGCCUGUGAAUUUCUUAUGCAAGUAUUUGGGGUUCAGCUGAACAAGGAGGUUGAGCUGGCAGCUCAAGCAAAGGAGAAGCAUAUCCUCCAAACACAAACACUUCUUUGUGAUAUGCUUCUCCGAGAUGCACCAGUUGGUAUCUUCACACAAUCACCAAAUGUUAUGGAUCUUGUUAAGUGCGAUGGAGCAGCUCUGUGUUACCGGAACCAGGUUUGUGUGCUUGGAACAACACCUACUGAGACACAGAUAAGGGAUAUUGCAGCAUGGCUUGUGGAGUGCCAUGAUGGUUCCACUGGCUUAAGCACGGACAGCCUGAUAGAAGCAGGCUAUCAAGGAGGUGCUGAACUAGGGGAAGCAGUCUGUGGCAUGGCUGCAAUUAAGAUUACUUCCAGGGAUUUUAUUUUUUGGUUUCGUUCACACACGGCGAAAGAGAUCAAGUGGGGUGGUGCUAAACAUGAACCUGUUGAUAAAGAUGAUGAGGAUCGCAGAAUGCAUCCACGCACUUCAUUUAAGGCCUUUUUAGAGGUUGUGAAGAAGAGGAGUCUUCCUUGGGAAGAUGUCGAAAUGGAUGCCAUCCACUCAUUGCAGCUCAUUUUGCGUGGUUCUCUGCAAGGUGAGACUGUUGGUGAUGAUUCAAAGAAGAUUGUCAGUACAGCAGUGGAUGAUGCAAAGAUCCAAUGGGUGGAUGAACUGCGUACUGUCACAAAUGAGAUGGUUCGGCUUAUCGAAACAGCUAGUGUGCCAAUUUGGGCUGUUGAUGCAUGGGGCAACAUAAAUGGCUGGAAUAGCAAAGUAACAGAUUUGACUGGGUUAUCUGUGGCAGAAGCUAUUGGGAUGCCUCUGAUCAAUCUUGUGGAGGAUGAUUCAAUAGAGGUGGUAAGAAAUGUGCUACGUUUUGCCUUGCAAGGAAAAGAAGAGAAAAAUAUUGAGAUUAAGCUGAAGUCAUUCAAACAACAGGAUAGUAGUAACCCAAUAAUCUUAGUUGUCAAUUCUUGCUGUAGUCGAGAUGUGAAGGAUGAUAUUGUCGGUGUUUGCUUCGUUGCACAAGAUGUGACAGAGCAGAAACUGAUCAUGGAUAAAUACACUCGCAUUCAAGGUGAUUAUGUUGCAAUCGUGCGAAAUCCCAGUGGGCUGAUCCCUCCUAUCUUCAUAAUCGAUGAGUCAGGCUGUUGUUGUGAAUGGAAUUCAGCCAUGGAAAAGGUGUCAGGUAUAAAGAGGGAAGAUGCAUUUGACAAGAUGCUUGUUGGCGAGUUAUUUUGCCUUCAUGGUUUUGGCUGUCGAGUCAAGGACCAUGAUACAUUAACAAAGCUAAGGAUUGUGUUGAACAGACUAAUUGCAGGUGAAGAUGCUGACAAAUUCAUAUUUGGAUUUUUUGACAUUAAUGGCAAAUACAUAGAAGCAUUACUCUCUGCAAACAAGAGAAGGAAUUCUGAGGGAAAAAUCACUGGAGCAUUGUGCUUUCUGCAUGUCACCAGUCCAGAGCUCCAACAUGCUUUGCAUGUGCAGAAAAUGUCUGAACAAGCUGCAGUUAACAGUCUCAAGGAACUAGCUUACAUCCGUCAAGAAAUAAGAAAUUCUCUAAAUGGGAUCACAUUUACACACAACUUGAUGGAGGCAACUGACUUGACUGUGGAACAGAAGCAACUGCUUAGGAGAAAGGGUCUCUGUCAAGAGCAGUUGGCAAAGAUCGUAGAUGACAUGGAUUUAGAAAGCAUAGAACAAUGUUAUAUGGAGCCGAACUCAGUCGAAUUUAACCUUGGUGAAGCUCUGGAUGCAGUAGUAAACCAAGGAAUGACACUAAGCAAAGACCGUCAGGUGGCGCUUGUUCAAGAUUGGCCUGCAGAAGUAACAUCUAUGUACUUGUAUGGGGAUAAUUUGAGACUGCAGCAGGUUCUAGCAGACUUCUUGUCAAGUGCACUUCAGUUUGCACCUCAGGCGGAAGGAUCCAUCAUACUCCAAGUCAUUCCAAGAAAGGAGCGUAUAGGUACUGGAGUGCAUGUUGUCCAUCUUGAAUUCAGAAUCAUCCACCCUGCACCUGGAAUUCCUGAGACUUUAGUGCAGGAGAUGUUUCAUCACAACCAAGGCAUCUCACGAGAAGGCCUUGGUCUUUACAUCAGCCAAAAGCUUGUAAAGAUCAUGAAUGGCAAUAUACAAUAUCUUAGAGAAGCAGAGAGAUCAUGUUUUAUCAUCUUCAUCGAAUUCCCAUUGGUUCACCAGCACCACAAAGGAUCAGGCACCCAAGUUUCAUCAAUGAGCAAGAAGAGAAGUCAAUUAGCAUAAAAAAAAUCAAUCAGUUAAACAUGGAAGCAGACAAGCACAAUCGUUGACGACCAGUAUCGCAAAAAUCUUGCAUCGUGCAUGGAGCAUUGAGGCAGCCAAUGUUUAUAUUGGUCAAACUAGGAGAAUAAACAGGGUGAUGUUUUCCUAGGAUUCUUAUCGUUGCCAUUUAAGAUAAAAUUAGUGUCAGCUUACUGCAAGUAAUGGUUUAGUUUGAUUAGCCUCAAACUAUCACGGAUUUCGACAACUAAUAAAGAUGUCUUAAUUGUACUGUACUUGUUAGUGCAGCAUCAGCUGGAUCCUAGCGAGGUCUUCCCAUGGACUUGUGUUUUUCAUUAA